AUGUCGGCGAAGUCGCCGUCACAAAAUCGAGGACUUUCUCCGCCUUCCCCAUCGCCAGACGCCCUUCACCAACUGCGCUGCGAGAACGCGAUGCUGAAGAAAGAGAAGCAGUUCCUGAUGCAAGCGGUGGCCUCAGGGCCGUCCACCUCGGCCCGCGUCAACAGCGUUCGCUACAACGCUGAUGCAGUGGAGGCGAAGCUGAUGAUGGCCUACCGGAUGGCGUCCGAGAUGCACGACGCGGAGAGCUGCAAGACCGUAGAGCUGCAAAUGCAGCAACGCGUUGCCGAAAUGUUAGCGAAGGUGGAUAAGUUGCGCGAGCUGCUGGAGAAUGUGCAGAAGGAUGUGGAGGAGGUGCUGGUGGCGACUGGUGGCUGGGACAGGCAGGUUGCCACAUAG